GUGACUUAAAGGAAAACAUGUAUAUUUGGGAUCCGUUCACAUCAUUCAUCAAAAUUAAUACAACACUAACACCGACAGAUACGGCAAACUUUGGCACAAAACUGGACAACGGAUCGUGGGAUGGAUUGCUUGGAUUAGUUGCUAAUAAUAAUUGCCACAUAUCUAUAACACCCCUGGAAAUAACAAAUGAACGCCGGAAAAAUAUGAUAUUCUCGUCGGUAGUGAUGUACGAGCCAUACGUUAUACUGACCAACACUGACCGCAAUGGCCGACCGCAGGUCACCGGCUAUAUUGGGUGCGUUGAGCGCCGGUGUAUUUUUCACAACCUUUCCCUUCCAUUAGCCCAUACGGGCGCCCAUUUGAAGGGCGUUUUAUGUAUAGUUUUGGUUUGCGUAACAUUAUUGACAAUAUGUUUCAAUUCGUUCAUUGACUCCAAACUGGUUGUUGUCGACGAUUACUAUGCGAUCAAUACAUUGGAUCAGUUGGCCAGCAAUGGA